AUGAAGGUUCUUUCGUUCUGUCCUAGCUCCACAAUGAGCACUUCUCUACCUAAUUUGAUCAUUUUCUUCAUUACUUAUCACAUUCACAAGUUGGAAUCAGCCCAGUUCAGCGUGACCGGUCCAGGUCACCCUGUCACUGCUGUUGUGGGUGAGGCCGCUGUGUUACCCUGUCACCUGUCCCCCAGGAUGAGCGCUGAGAACAUGGAGGUGAGAUGGUUCCAAUCAGAUUUCCUUUCAUUUGUGCACCUGUAUCAGCAUGGGAAGGAUCAAUACAGGAACCAGAUGCCAGACUAUCGUGGAAGGACAGAGCUUUUGAAAGCUGGCAUCACGGCUGGGAAUGUUUCCUUGCAGAUUCUUAAUAUCAGACUCUCAGAUGAAGGACAAUACCACUGUUUUGUUCAAGAUGGUUCUUUUUAUGAAGAAGCCCCAUUGGAACUGAAAGUAGCAGCUUUGGGCUCCAAUCCUCUCAUCUCUGUGGAGAGUCACCAGGAUGGAGGGAUCCGGGUGGUUUGUCAAUCAGCUGGGUGGUACCCAGAGCCCAAGGUGCUAUGGAGAGAUCGCCGUGGGCAAGAAUUACCGUCACUCUCUGAAGCAAAAUCCCUAGGGGAUAGUGGCCUGUUUGAAACAGAAAAUUCUAUUAUUAUAAAAGAACAUUCAAACCAGAACCUGUCCUGUUGGGUCAGGAACACCGUUCUCAAUCAAGAAAAGGAAUCAACAGUUUAUAUAGCAGAUUUCUUUUUCCCGAGGGUGAAUCCAUGGAUGGUGGCUCUGAGUGUGAUUCUCCUGGUUUUGUUUGGUUUCAUUGGCCUCACUCUUUAUCUAUUUAAAAUAAAAGGGAAACAUCUUGGCGAAAUCAGUAAGUUCAGGUGCCAGAAACCCUGGCGCCGCUCCUUGUGUGAUCAUGUAACUGCAACUGUGACUCUGGAUCCAGACACAGCUCAUCCCCAACUUGUCCUGUCUGAGGAUCAUAAAAGUGUGACACGGGGAGACACACGGCAGGAGCUGCCCGACAAUCCUGAGAGAUUUGACUAUUGGGCCUGUGUGCUGGGCUGUGAGGGAUUCACCUCAGGGAGACAUUGCUGGGAGGUGGAUGUGGGGGGUAGGGGACUCUGGGCUGUGGGGGUGGCCAGAGAGUCUGUGAGCAGGAAGGGAGGCAUCAGCCUUAACCCUGACGGGGGGAUCUGGGCUGUGCAGCGGUGGAAGGAUCAGUUCCAGGCUCUCUCCUCCCCUGUGACCCCCCUGCCCCUGAGCCGGGCCCCCAGCAGGAUCCGGGUUUAUCUGGACUGUGACCGGGGGCAGGUGACAUUUAUUGAUGCUGGUGACGAGGCCCCGAUCUUCACUUUCCCGCCAGGCUCCGUCCCUGGGGAGAGAAUCCAACCCUGGCUCCGGGUGUGGGAUAGAGACACCCGGCUCCGACUGUGUCCCUGA